AUGCAUUUUCAAUUGAUGGGACGGGAUUUUUUUCGUCAUCUUUCUGUGGCUAGCUUUGAUGGAAUUAUCUCACUAAAAAGUCUCAAUAAAACUGUUGCAUUUCGGGAUGACCACAAGGCACCUCAAGUUGAGCUUCGAGUUCCUUUGGACUGUGAUUGGAUUCCAUCUCAAGUGGCCGAUAGUCUCAGGGCUCGCUAUUCGCACAGGAUUGAUCGAAAUGGUCAAUUGGUGAUUGAAUCAUGCCGAACUUAUUCUGAGCAGUUAAAUAUGGCUGAUUGUGUAGAUAAAUUACGAAGCACAUUGUUCGAAUCUCAAUCAAUAGUGAACGGUUUAGCACAGUGUGAAACAAAAGUAAGUAGAAGAGCUGAAAUAAAGAAUGAUAUCAAACGGCGACUAAUUACUUUCGAAAAUGAUCUUUGA